UCGAGACUCUCGGCCUCGACAGGUCUCGCGAGUAUCGUCGUCGUCAAGCAGUCGUCAAAUAUCGUGUCAUUCGUGUCCCAUUGCUAUCAGGCCGAGACUGGAGAUUUGCAACACGGGACUUUAGGCAAGAUUCUCUCUUUCUCUUCGCGCGUUUCGAGGAAAUCGUGAGUGAGGCAUAUUAUAAUUUUACAACGAGCGGCGGAAUCCGGAAUCGCGGGCGCGCAGCGCGACUGAUGUCGCGCGGGACGGCGCGGCGGUACUCCGACGACGACGGGUCACGUAAUCAAUCGUGAUCGGUCGCGCGCGUCGUGAGUCGUCUACAACGAACGGGUGGCCGCCGCCCGCGGCACGGUUUUCGCGCGCCAGCAGUCCGUCGAAACAUGCGUCCGUUGCGGGGCGACGGGAACCGAGCGACAACCGAGGAGGCUCCUUCGAGGAACUGUCAGGGGGACCGUCGCCACCACCAUCGCCGCCGACGCCGCCACCACCACUGCCGUUACGCGUGAGUCAGUGCAGGAUCGGACGGAGGCGACGCACGCAAAAUGGCUUCGGGCGACAAUGUGGACGUGAUCGAGGUGGUCGAGACGAGCUUCCCCGUGCCGGCGCAGCCCACGGUGGAUCACCUUAGACCGGAGCAAUCCACCAUCGAGGAGGACUAUAAAUCGACCGGAGAGAAAAUAACAUCAUUUGAUAGCUCAGUAGUACAACAUGGUACGACAGGUGGCAAGACCCUCGUGGGGGUAUCAAGAAACAAAUCGGAACGAGAGAGGAAGAUUGGGCAUCGAAGAGUUGGAGUGGGAGGUGAAAUCACAUAUAAGAAGAUUCAAACAACACAAAUUAUGGGAUCUAUUCAAUUGGGUAUACAGCAUGCUGUUGGCGGUCUUGCAAGUAAACCGGAACGUGAUUUAUUAAUGCAAGACUUUAUGACUGUGGAAACAACGAACUUUCCUAGUGAAGGGUCAAAUCAUACUCCAGCCCAUCAUUUCUCGGAGUUUAAAUUUAAGAACUAUGCACCUAUUGCAUUUCGUUAUUUUAGAGAUCUCUUUGGCAUUCAGCCGGAUGAUUUUUUGAUGUCAAUGUGUAGUGCACCAUUACGUGAGUUAUCAAAUCCUGGCGCCAGUGGAAGUAUCUUUUAUCUAACGGAUGAUGAUGAAUUUAUCAUAAAGACUGUUCAACACAAAGAAGGAGAGUUUUUGCAAACUCUACUUCCAGGAUAUUACAUGAAUCUAAAUCAGAAUCCAAGAACAUUAUUGCCAAAGUUUUUUGGAUUGUACUGCUAUCGAUGUAAUAGUAAAAAUGUUAGAUUAAUUGCUAUGAAUAAUCUUUUACCUUCAUCUGUAAAAUUGCAUCAAAAAUAUGAUUUAAAAGGGUCUACAUACAAAAGAAAGGCAUCGAAAACAGAACGUUCGAAGUCUUCACCAACAUAUAAAGACCUAGAUUUUAUAGAACAUCAUCCAGAGGGUAUCUUUUUAGAAGCCGACACAUAUGGUGCAUUAGUAAAAACUAUUCAACGGGAUUGUCGUGUAUUAGAAAGUUUCAAAAUUAUGGAUUAUUCUUUACUUGUUGGAAUCCAUAAUCUUGACCAGGCUGCAAAAGAAAAAGCUCAAGAACAAAGAUUAUCGGCAAGUGCCGAUGAAGAAAUUGAUGAAAUGGGUGGCGAAAGUGACGGAUUCAUUCAAUCUGAGAGAGAAAAACAGAAAGAGGAUAGAAUAGGCGCUGCUGCUUUAAAUCGAUCACGUAGUAUAAAUCGUCAAAGAUUGGUUGCUCAUAGUACAGCAAUGGAAAGUAUUCAGGCUGAGAGUGAACCAAUAGAUGAAGAGGAUGAUGUACCUUCAGGUGGCAUUCCUGCCAGAAACGCGCGUGGUGAACGUCUUUUAUUGUUCCUUGGAAUUAUUGACAUUUUGCAAAGCUACAGGUUGAAAAAGAAACUGGAACAUACGUGGAAAUCGAUGAUACAUGAUGGGGACACUGUAUCAGUGCACCGACCAGGAUUUUAUGCACAACGCUUUCAGGAUUUCAUGGCCAAGACAGUAUUUAAGAAAAUACCAUCACUGGACCUGCCUGAGAUUAAGGGGAAUCACCGCAAAUUCCGUAACCUCGUCACCAGCUAUAUAGCUUUGAAACAUUCCCCAUCGAAGAGAAAAAGUAUAAGCAGACCAUUGAGGCCGCUAGAAGGUGACUUUGAUUCAACCGCGGUGGCGGCAACUGGAGGUUCGACAAUGCAUGCUACAUCACCUACAAAGGCCGUUAGCCCGCCCGAUCCUGCGAUCAGCGCAACGAACGUGGCGGCCUCGGUGCCGAUUGCCACCUCCACCCCGGUUAACCUUGCCGCCGGUCCGCUGAGUCCGCCCCCAUUGACCUUAGCCGCUGGUCAAGGUCCACAUCACGAGCAUCCGCCCGGGGCCGCCCCCACGGUCAAGGUUACGAGUUACCCGGCCGUACUGAAGGGUAGAAGCGCGGCCAGUCCGCCGAACCCGAACCUGGUGCCGUCCGGCAAGAUCCCACCUCCAGUGCCACCGCGGGGCACGGGCGCCUCGAGGACCGCCAGGUCCUCCGAGGAUCACCGGGCGGCCAGCACCGCCGCCUCGACGUCGUCGUCGGUGACUUCCAGCCGAGGUGGCACCCUUCCUUCCACCUGCUCCACCCCGCCCCCGCCCUUUGAUGAUGCAGUCCACUCGAACGACCAAACGUUGGCUUCUGGUGGUCACCUUCAGCAAAGCGGCGCAACUCCUAUUCUUACGAGCAAUCUGUUCUCUACUCAUUCCAAACAAAAUAAGGUUGUUCAUCACGUUACUCUCACCAAGACGUAUCACGACACUGUAAGCAUAUCGGACGUGCAUUUGGAGAGCAGCGGUAGCGGUAGUGGCAGUGGCGGCAGGGAAACCAAGUCGUCACUGAGUGUCGAGAGUGGCGGCAGCAGCAGUCGAGGUGGCGGCGGUCUCACAUGGACCCCACCGGCCGGAAGUGCUGAGGGCUCGACGCCAACGUGGACCGAAGGCACGCCAUCCUUCACCGAGAGCUCCAGCAGUGGCGACAUAGGUUGCCCAACCACGCCAAUCAAGGGUAAUCAACGUCAGGAUGACGGUGGAAGGAUCGCGGCCACUGUGGAGGAGGCCCUAGCGAGUCUCACGACUGAGAUGACUCACCUGUAGACAAGUGAACACGGAGAUAAUUGUAAAAAAAAAAAAGUGAAAAAAGAGCGAGACAGAACUGAUUACGGAACAUGACUGGCCUGACGGGCAGUUGGUGCAUUUAGAAAUCUCUGGAAAUAAUAUGAAAGAGGCAUUAGGAUUAUUAAUGUAAGUUUAAAUGUAGCAAUAAGCAAAUGUACUCGGAUUUGUACGAGGUGUUGCCGAUGCAUCCCUUUACACCGAGAGAAAAAUUAGUGCAAUUAUAGAUUCUAAUAGAAUUUUUACAAGACAAUUAGAAAAUAUAAGUACAAAAUUAAUGAAAAUAUAUUAUUAAAUUUAGGCAACCAUAAAUUAUUAUAGGUUAUCAGCUCGAGAAGAGAGAUUUUCCUC